CUGCAACUCUCUUAUUCUGGCCUCCCUGUUCUGGUUUUGGCAGUUUCACAGUGGCUGUCUGACUACUUUUUGUCUCUGCCUGCCUGCCUCUUACUGACUGAAGGCAUAGCUGUCCACUGGACUCUGUGGGUACAGUGGCUGGAGCUUGAUGAAUGAAUGCCCUGAAGAAAGGAGAGAAGAUGAGAAAAGGAUGGUGGACUGCGGUAACGCUGCCUUAUAUACUGUGGGCUCCACAUGCAUUCAAGAAGUGGCUGCUGAUGCCGAUGCGUCGCUCCCUGCCUGGGUGCUCUACUGUGCCACAUCUGUCCAUCUGUCAAGCACACAGGCCCAUCAAUCAAACAGCUGAAUGCAGGAUGUUUCAGUUGGAGUGUCCUCUACAGCAGUACCAGGUGCCAAAAAAGUCCCUGCUCCAGGUGUUGUACUUUCUGAUUGAUCGGGACUGAUCAGGUUGGAGUUUGGAGGGCUGCCCGUCGCUGAUUGGUUAUUUUGUGUACUUCUACAUUCACAAAACAAAUGGGGCUCCCUUGCCUGGUGACACUGACAGAAGCACAGAAACAUGAUGCUGCUGAGCAACCUGUGGACAAGCCUGGUAACCAAAACCCUGGGGAGGCUGUUGAGACUCCUCUGAGUUCAUUUCUUCCCUUAAUGAGAUGGAAGCCUCGUUUCAACACGCCUGAGUGACAUUUUACUGUAGGAAGUUAGAAGUGCCUGCAGACAAUAUUUCAGGUCAUAUUCUCCUGAUCCAGAGCUCUUCGGCGCUUGGAGAUGGUUGGAGAUGGUUUCAUGGGCAAGGUUGUCCCGGAGGUUUGGGCAGCUGUUUGUUGGCUCCAGAAUGACCACAGCGGCUCUGCAGGUGUCCAUAUCCUUGAACAAAGUGGAGUUAAGUGUGGGAGAGUCCAAGUUCUUCAUCUGCACAGCUAUCGGCGAGCCGGUGAGGCUGGAGUGGUACAACCCUCAGGGUGAACGCAUCAUGCCCUCCAAGCGGAUGGCACUCCACACGGAGACGUCACGAUCCAGGCUCAUCAUUUACAACGCCAUCAUCGAGGACGCGGGUAUCUACCGCUGCCAAGCCACUGACGCCAGCGGUCACACCGAGGAAGCCUCGGUCGUGCUGGAGAUCUACCAGAGGCUGACGUUUCGGGAUGUUCAGUCACCGCAGGAGUUUCGCCAUGGUGAGACGGCGGAGGUGGUGUGUGAUGUCAUUAGUUCACCAGUACCCGUGGUGGUGUGGUACUACCAGGACAGGGAGAUCACCGAGGAGCACCACAGCAGGUUCCAGGUGCUGGCAAACAACAACCUACAGAUCCAUCAGGUGACCAAGGCUGACGAGGGCGUGUACCGCUGUGAAGCCAGCGUAGAGGCCCGUGGUGAGAUCGAUUUUGUGGACAUCGCUGUGGUGGUUAACGUCCCUCCGGUGCUGUCGGUGUCCCAGCAGUCCUUCAACGCCACAGCCGACUACCAGGAAUCAGUCACCUUUACCUGCAUCACUUCUGGAUCUCCUGACCCUCUGGUCACAUGGCACAGGAAAGGGCAGCAGCUGGAGCCAUCGGAGCAGUAUGUUUUCAACAGGCUGGAGGGAGGGCGGAGCAUGUUAACCAUCCGCAACAUCCGUCAGGGCGACGGAGGAACCUACACCUGCAAGGCCACGAACAAGGCAGGGUCUCAGGAAAGAGAGCUCUUCCUCAAAGUGUUUGUCCAGCCCCAUAUCACCCAGCUGAAAAACGUGACAGCCGUGGAGGGCAGCGCCGCCAUGAUCUCCUGUGUGGCUGAGGGCGAGCCUCUGCCUGAUAUUUCCUGGAGAAGAGCCAGCGACGGCCAGACCUUCGUGGACGGAGACAAGAGCCAGGACGGGCGUUUUGAAGUUCGUGGUCGUCACGGCAAAUCGGUGUUGACCAUCAGCGGCGUGAGGCUGGCGGACUUGGGCCGCUUCGACUGCGAGGCGCUCAGCAGGAUCGGAGGCCAUCAGAAGAGCAUGUUUCUGGACAUUGAGUAUAUACCAAAGUUCCUGACCAACCACACCAUCUUUUAUUCAUGGGAGGGGAAUCCAGUGAACAUAAGCUGUGAUGUGAUGUCCAACCCUCCUGCCACCAUGCUGUGGAGGAGAGAGCGCUUCACCAUCUCUGCAGAGGGCACUGCCAACACGCGGGUACACAGUGCAGAGGGAAAGUCUGUGCUGGAGGUGACUCCUAUGUCCGACAGGGACUUUGGACGCUACAACUGCACGGCUCGGAACAACAUUGGAGUUCGAUACCAGGAGUUCAUUCUGGCCCAGGCAGAUGUACCAUCGAAUCCGUACUCGGUGCGACUGUCAGCCGUCUCGCAGCGCUUGGCCACCGUCACGUUCAUGAAGCCUGACUCUCAUGGCGGCGUUCCCAUCAGUUACUACCUGGUCCAGUACAAGGAGGUGGGCUCACAGGACUGGAGGGACGUCAAGUCGCACAGUGUACAGACGACAGUGGUGCUGACAGGACUGGAGCCCAACACGACGUACGAGGUUCGAGUGGCAGCAGUCAACGGAAAGGGUCAGGGAGAGUUCAGCCACACGGAGACCUUCCAAACUUUACCCAUCCGAGAGCCGAGCCCGCCGGCAGUCCACGGACAGAGAGGAAUGGGCAAGGCCUACAGGCUGGGGCUGGUCAAGCAGGACGAUGGAGGCAUGCCUAUCGUGGAGUACAUUGUCAAGUACAAGACAGAUAAAGAGGAGCAGUGGAUGACCAAGCUAGUCCCAGGAGCGAACGAUUUUGCGAUGCUCCAGCCGUUGCAGUGGAACACACGAUACGAAGUAGAAAUCACAGCUCGCAACGUCAAAGGCCUGUCCGAGCCCACCUUCUAUCAGUUCUUCAUGCCACAGAAACCCGACAUUACAGCAGAAUCCCUGUUCAGCGGCCUGGGGCUGGGGGCGGUGGUGGGCCUCGGCCUGGGAGCGCUGCUGCUGUUCCUCGUGCUGGUGGACGUCAGCUGCUUCUUCCUGCGUCACUGCGGCCUGCUGAUGUGCAUCACACGCACGCUGUGCAGCAAGAAAACAGCCACCAGCGGCAAGGGCAAAGAAAUAGAGGAGGGAAAGGCCGCCUACCUGAAGCUACCGCUGAAGGAAGAAAAUGGAAAAGAGUCUCUCAAGCCGGAUACGAUUGAAAUCAAAGUGCACAGUGACAACAGCAUCCACACAAAGCCUGACGACAGCAAAGCGUAAAGGGUCGGUCCCCCCUCGCCACCAAAAGAACAUUCGGAUCACGAGACCAAAACCCAGAGAAACUACAACACUGGAAAAAAGUGGAGUAAAAUACCAUAUCUGUUUAUAACAAUGCCCCGGUGAAAGGCAUGUGUAAAUACAAAUAAUAGAGAGAAAAUAGAAAGGAAGAAAGGGUCAACCUUUUAGACACCCUGAGUGAUAAAUGUAUCAUGUUCUUACCAACAUGGCAUCAGUGGAAGGCUCUUGUUGAUCAAUGAUUGUAUAUUAUUUUUUGGCUUUUUAUUAUUUUAUUUUUUUCUGAUGAUGCUUUGUUGUUUUGUGUCAUUCUUUCUUUACCACGUAAGACUUCCAUGCAGAUAAUGGUUAUAAAUCACGUCUCCAGCCCCCUUCACCCUCCCACCCUCCCCGUCUACAACUUCUCCCCCGGCGACACAAUCAGAAACGCAGGCAAAGCUUGUAUGCGAGUGUGCUUUUGCUUUUCUCUCUGUUUUUUUUUUUUUUUUUUUUUUUUUUUUUUUUGUUCAAACGCACGGGCCGACCCUCACUGCGGGAGAUCACAUUGAUUUAAACCCAAUCGCCUCGUUCCAGGCCUGAGUGUUACACUACAGCAGCCCUUGUAUGCCUUUAAUAGCCCAGCUAGGUGAAUGGCUAAUGAGGGGCAAACACUUGAGCACUGUGUUUCAAGCUAGCUGGCUUCAGUAACAAAAGCUAAACCACUUUUAAUGAGAUUUUAGGCUUUUAUUACUCCAGGAAAUCAUAACGACAGGUUCUUAUGAGGGGAAUUUGUUCCCAGUAGGGUGAAAAAUUGUAUGAAACAGGACCUAAUGGUUAAUUAUGAAGAAGAAUUUGGACUCCGGAGGGCUGUUGGAUCUCACUUUGUGUGUUGUAGGAAAAAAAAAAAAAUCAAAAAUCUUCAACAAAAAAGGACAAAAAGAGAGAAUAAUGUGUUGCAGUCUAUGAAGUAUACGAUAUAAUAGCGUACCACACAUGUGCAUUGAUGUCAUUGUUACAAAAGCCUGUUAUAUUGACACUGAAUAUUGCUGACACAUCAACUGUUUCAUUCUCUAACACGUGCAUCGUCACAGUAUGUUUCAUUCAUCUUUGUUCAAACCGCAUACAACAUACAUCGCCUGCACUGCAAGCUGAUUUGUGCUCAAGGCAUGGGAACAAUCUGGUAAAGGUAUGCUGAUAACAAAUAAAUCAACAUGUGUGUAAUUUCUGUUUUUAAUGAAUGAUAAACUUCUUUAUUCAUUCCUGUGUCAGAUCUGCCUCAGAUGCUUUUUUUUUUUUUGUUUGGUUUUUUUUUAAAAACCUUUUGUUUCUCGGUCUGAUCGCUUUUCUCUCUGAUGUUGUCAUGUGUUGUACAUAGGUGAAAAAAAAAAAGAAUAUUUUACAAAGCUUUUAUGUAAAUAUACCCUAAGGGAUGUGUCUUUUUUCAAAAUGCAACAGGCUUGGCUUUUUUUUUUUUUUUUUUUCCUCCCUCAGAUGAAAACUUUUUUUUUUUCCUCCUUUUGUUGUGUUUUGGUCCCAAAGUUCAGUGAUGGUGUAAUAAUGCUUUUUCAAGUCAUUUGCUUUCCCUUAAGAAAGUCCAUGCCCUAAAGCUAUUUCACAGCAUUUCAAUGGAGGCAGUAAUUACGGCAUUAGUGUGCCUUCUCUUCUUUUUUUUUUUCCCCCUGCCCCCCUUGUGGCCCAGUGCUGCCGCCGCCGCCGCAGCAGCAGCAGCAGCAGCAGCAGCAGUGUAGACCAUCAAAUGAAUUUUUGGUCACAACUUUGCUGCUUUUUUUUUUGCCACAGAAUGUGUUUAAAAGAUGAAAUUUUUAUUGUGAUUGCUGUGGAAUUCUGGGAAAUGUAGUCUUAGGAUUGUGGGUAGUAGACAACGACACUGGACGGAAACACUAUUUAGUACAACUACAUGUCAGGCUGAUGCUGCAACUCCUGAGUACAAAGUGCAGUGAUGGGCUGCAGAAAUCUAGUUUCAAUACCAGGUAAUGCAUCAUCACGUGUGUGUGUGUGUGUGUGUCUGUGUGUGUGUGUGUGUGCAUACAUGCAUGGGUGGGUGAAUACACUUUGUUGUAUGUCUUCAUGAAUCAGGUUGCAUGUAUGGUUGUUGAAUGUAUCUGCACGUACGCAGCAUGUGUGUGUGUGUGUGUGCCCAUUUAGAUUUUUCACACAGCAUCCCGAUUAUAGAAAAUAUCCUAAAAUGAAAGAGUUAAUUUUAUUUUGGCGUUUAUUUUGUUGUUAUUUAUUUGUUCAUUUUGUUAACUAUUUAUAUUAAGGUGUGUUAUUAAGUACACUUCUCAGCUCCAUGAUGCAUUAUGUGGCUCUGCAGGUCAUGUAGGUUAUGAUGACCAUGUGCCAAGUAUGAAUGUCCGAGUGCUUCGAGUGUCUCUCUCUCUCUCUGAGUGUGGAGCGAGUCGGCGAGAGCUCUCACGCUGAGUUUCAGAGUGUUCUCUGAUAGGUAAAAUCUGAUUAUGUAGUUCUCGACAGUGAUUAAUUCCCCGGGGCUGCAGCACUCCACACGUGUGUCUGCGAGCCCCCCCCCCCCCC